UCACAUGUCCACACGGGGAAAGAAUAAUGUCGAAUGAAAAAAGGAGGAAAUAAUUUUGUUGAGAAUAAACGUUGACAUGUGCUGCUAUAAACUGAUUUAUUUCGUUUGUAUUAUAGCAGCAUUUUUUCGUUGUUGUAUGAUUAGCUAUAUAUUUGUGAGAAAAUUCAUGUGUGUACGAUCUUUUCUUUUUUUCCGAGUUGUCAUGGCCAUUUGAUAAACAGUCAGAGCACAAGCAAAGAAAAUCCGUUCCACAUUCGUGCGAAAUACGUUGAAAUAAAAAGAUAUUUUUUAUAAAAUAGCCCUUGCAAUGCAGUUAAUUUGUAAUAUUUCUUUGAAAUUUUGUUUUCGCUCGAAUAAUCGAGGAAUAACUCCAACUAUCAAAAAAGAGCCGAAGAAAAAACCCCGAAGCAAGAGAGGAAUCACAACGAAUGAAAAGAAAGUUGCGAUACGCGCGACAAUAAAAAAAGGCGAGCUCUUCUGUUUUCAUUCAUUCGAUUUGUUUAUCGAUGCGACGUUUGCAAGCCUCUGUAACCUCCUGUCCCGAGACAAAAAUGUAAUUUCAAAUGGUCGAUUUUGUUGCGUAUCUUUUAAUUUGCCAGGCGAUUGGGUACGUGGGAGUUCGCGGCACGAUCGACGUGAAUCUGAGUGAGCUGGAAUAUCUCGCGGCGCGUUUGGAUCCAUUCGAGUGUCGGCGUUUAAUCGCUGCGCUUCAUUAUACAACUUACGACCUGCCCCAGAACUUGGCCGCAGCCGAGCGCAAGGUGAACGAAGAAAUUCCAUGUCUUCGUCAUUUAUUGCACUGGAACGAGCAUCCCGCGGAGGGCAGAGGUAAAACGCACGCGGCGAUCGUGCAUCGUCUUCGGCAAUUGCGACGGGACGAUCUUGCCGAUUGGCUCGGUAAAACUGCUUUCAAGCAGCUGGGAAAGGAUUUGAGCGAUGCUAUCGUGCCGUCUCCCGAAAUGCCAUCCGUCGACGAAGAAACGGCAAGCACCACCGCGUUUCUCGCAACGGUCAAACCUGCCGCCUGGUCCCGAGAAGAAGAGGACGACCCUUGGCUGCCGAUUGACACGAUCCUUCUGGCCUCCGUACUCGGACUAUUAGGCGCUCUAUUUAUUUUAAUCGCGACUGUUAUCAUCCACAUGAUUAAAGAUAGACGAAUAGCAAUAGCAGUAGCGGUACUAGCGGUAAUAGUAGUUGUAGUAAUAAUAGUAAUAGUAACGGUAUUAGCAGUAGUGUUAGUGUUAGUGCUGACAGUAGUGUUGGUAUGUAGUGUGAUGGCGAUGGUGAGGGGCGAUGGUGAUGAUAGUCGUAUAAUAGUAGAAGUGUAG